AUGGCUGCCCUCCUUCGAGCUGUGCUGUGGUCGCCAGGACCAGCUGCGUGGGGAAGGCCUCUCCACAGGCUGUGGUGCUGCAGUGGGCAGGAUCCUAGAAGGUGGGUGGGGAGCAGGCCACCCCCCUCCAAGAAGAAACCACCAGGCACAGAGACAGAGAAAUUUCAAAUGGUGUACCGGUUUGAUGCCAUCAGGGUCUUCGGGUACUUGUCUCAGCUGAAGGUGGCACAGACGGCCCUGACGGUGGUGGCCCUACCACCUGGCCUCUACUGGUACUCCCAGGGCCUCAUGACCUUCCACUCCCUGUGCCUGGCGGGCGGGGUCACUGGCUUCGCCAUGACCAUGUUGUGCUGGAUGAGCCAUUUCUUCCGGAGGCUGGUGGGCAUCCUAUAUGUGAACGAGUCGGCCACCAUGCUGCGGGUAGCCCACCUGACCUUCUGGGGCUGGCGACAGGACACAUACUGCCCUGUGGCCAACAUGAUGCCCGUGACGGAAAGCCAGGAUCGGCCUCAGGAGCUGUUCGUGCGGAUCAAGCGGUACAGUGGGAAACAGACCUUCUACCUCACCUUGUGCUACGGACGCAUCCUGGACCGAGAGCGUUUCAUGCAGGUGUUUGGGAUGCUGGACAAGCUCAAGUGA